GUGGACUGCGUCUCGGGAAAGGUCUUCUUCAGCGCUGAGGCGGAGGCGGGCAAGCUGAGGAGCCUCAAGUCUGGAGAGCGGCUGUUUUUGCUGCUGAAGAAGCACCCCCCGCCGCUCGCAGUUUCUAGAAAUAAAGGGAAAAUGCUGCAUGAGAUUAAAAACCUUGUCAUUGAGGAGCCAAAGUAUUGGCUGGAUGUUAUCUCUAUUUGGAGAAACCUUCAUGGGUAUGAGGGGAAAAAAGACAGUGUCUCUCAAGAAAACCCAUUGCCUCAGAAGAGAAAAUCAGAAGAAGAGAUAAAUAUUGCAACUAAAAGGCAGAAAACAGAACAAGGGAGGGAGACUGUGUCUGAGGAAUAUCAAAUGGAAGCUGGAGAGAGGUGUGUGGUCCCAGAUAGAAAGAGUGACCAGGACUGCUGGACUGAAAGCAAGACUUCCUUAGAAGAGCCCUCCAAAAGCAGUGGAGAGGAACCUACUGCAAAUGAGAAGCUUAGCUUCAGUUUCAGAGUUUCUUGUCGUUGUAGUGGAGCGAUUGCAAAAAUACUUACUUCACAGGAGAUGGGAAGAGCUGUUGGCAUAGCACUUAUGAAGCAGUGUGGUUGGCGGGCUGAUCUGCGGGACCCUGAUCUAGAG